AUGGACGACGCCGCAGUCGACACCGACGCUGCGGCCAUCCGGCUCGCUGUGCUCGACGCGUACGCCGCCCUGCCCGCAACGGGCAAGCCGCAGGCAGGCGAGUGGUCCGUGCUCGCAGGCAUCGCUCUGCGCUCGGCGAGCGACGCCCUCGAAGUGGUGGCGCUCGGGACCGGCACAAAGUGCCUGACCGCCAAGGCCAUCGCUGCGGAGCGCAGCGGCGGCUGCCUUCACGACGGGCACGCCGAGGUGUGCGCGCGGCGCGCCUUCCUGCGCUACCUCCUCGCGCAGCUCCGUCUCCACGCUGGAGGAGACGCCGCCCGAUCGGUGCUCGAGCCGCGGCCGGGCGGCGGCUACGCGCUGAAGGCGGGGUACUCGGUGCACUUCUACUCGUCGCAGCCGCC